GUUUCAAGACUGGCAUUAGGACAUCAAGGGGGAUGUGUGUGUAUCUACAGAGGAAGCAGCGAACGCUGCUCACACGCUGCCGCCAGCCCGUUCCUGGCCACGGCUCUGCAGCAUCCUGGCCGGUGCUCCAUCUGACUCUGCUGCCCAGCAUGAGUGGUCCUCCCUCCCAGGCCUGUGUAGUGGUGUGCGACCAGGAGAAGACUCAGCAGUGGCUCCUCACGGACUCCUGGGGGCCAAUUUCUGGCCACUCCUUCCUCUGGGCCACCACUCCCUUUAUUCCAGCAGUUCUCAACCUGUGGGUCACGACCCCUUUGUAACCAUGAAAAUACAAUGCAGAGCGGCUUGGUCCGUCGUUGAGAAAGCGUCUUGUCUUUGCUUGGCGACUGUGGCUCUUCAUUGGGCACCAGAAGCGGCGCGGCGCUCUGAGAAGUGGCCUAAAACUUCGGCGUUGGGUAAAAGAAAAUGGCUCGAACCAAGCAGACGGCUCGGAAAUCCACUGGUGGGAAAGCCCCCGGCAAACAGCUGCCCACCAAAGCUGCCAGGAAAAGCGCUCCCUCUUCCCACGGGGUGAAGAAACCUCAUCGCUACAGGCCGGGCACCGUGGCGCUCAGAGAGAUUUGUCCUUAUCAGAAAUUGACUGAGCUGCUCUUCCAGAAGUGGCCUUUCCAGAGGCUGGUGAGGGAGAUCGCCCAGGAUUUCAAAACCGACUUGAGGUUUCAGAGUGCGGCCAUUGGUGCGCUGCAGGAGGCGAGUGAAGCGUACCUGCUGGGUCUGUUUGAAGAUACUAAUCUGUGUGCCAUCCACGCGAAGAGGGUCACCAUCAUGCCCAGAGACAUCCAGCUGGCUCACCGGAUUCGGGGAGAGAGAGCUUAAGUGAAGGCAGUUUUUAUGGUGUUUUGUAGUACAUUCUGUAAAAUACUUUGGUUUAAUUUGUGACUUUUUUUGUAAGAAAUUGUUUAUAAUAUGUUGCAUUUGUACUUAAGUCAUUCCAUCUUUCACUCAGGAUGAAUGGGAAAAGUGACUGUUCACAGACCUUGGUGAUGUGAGCACUGUUGCUCAGGAGUGACAAGUUGCUAAUAUGCAGAAGGGAUGGGUGAUAUUUCUUGCUUCUCAGGAUGCAUGUUUCUGUAUGUUAAUGACUUGUUGGGUAGCUAUUAAGGUACUAGAAUUGAUAAACGUGUACAGGGUCCUUUUGCAAUAAAACUGGUUAUGACUUGA